AUGCGCCUGAGCCACAUCCUUCUCGUCACUUCCAGUGCUGCGCUUGUCGCGUGUCCCACUGCGCACCCACUCGGCGCCAUUCAAAGCGCGCCCAGCGGUCAUUCGUCGCUAAGAACGGACAAGGGGUCCCAAGCAAACAAUGGCUCUCCACCGCCGUCAGGCACUGAAGCGAGGAUGGAGAUGGAGUGGCUCGUUCGCCUGCUUGAAUGCUUGCCGUUCGAUAUGAGAUCCGUGUUUGGACUCCAGGCUGCUCGAUCUUCGGGCAAUAUGCCCCCCUUGGUCGCGCUUCAUGACAUGCCUGAAAAUGUUUUGCGCGCGCUGGAACCCGCAAUCAAACAUUACAAGCUUGAUGCGCCGCUCUCGGUCGAGCCGAGACCCUUGCAUGGACACGAUGGUCUACCAGCUCACUCUCCAGACGAGCCGACACCCUUGCUCGGACAUGAUGGUCUAUCUGUUCACUCUCCGAACGAGCCGAAACCCUUGCUUGGAUACACCGGCACACCUAAAUUGAAAGCCGUCGAUGCCGAGAUAGAAAGGAUCGUGGCGGAGUCUGACCUCAAACGGAGGGCAGCCAUUGAAGAAGUGAAGGCGGCCAAUGACGAGCUGGUUGAAGCCGAACAGGCUGUUUCCAGAGCGAAAGGCGGUGCUGAGAAGGAUGCGGCGACUAAUGAAUUGGAGAAGGCCAAACAAGCUUCGGAUGUUGCCACCCGUAAGCUUAUGCGUUUAGGAGGCGCCGGACUUACGCCAGAAGCUGCCUAUGCAAAGGUCCAGGACAAACAAACCUUUGAAACUUACGUCGCGAUGAUCAUGGCCAAUUGGACGCCAGAAAAAGUUCUUGGGACUAGACUUGAUCCGAACAAAGUUGGGUUGUACGGCGAUGAUCUCAAAACUGCCAAAGAUUUGCUCUAUCGAAGCUACAACGAUUUCUACAAGACUCUCGAUGGCAUGGGCGUCGUGGAACGAUUGCUUAGGCUUUCAAAGGAAAAGAGCCCACCCGCUGUGCCCUCGGAAUGA